AUGGCCUUACUAAAGAACGGUAAACGCGAACAGGAGACAUCCGAGGAAUCUCCUCCUCGUCAGCUAUAACACGGAUUCUUGUAUACUGGCAUACCUGGAAAUGUGCUUAUUGCAAACCUUUGUAACGCAUCUACUUUCUCUUGACUGGGCCAAAAUUGCAUUGCUGGGGUCGUUCAAGAGGUCAUUUCUCUUUAAUUUUUAGCCCAAGUGGUUAAUAAUGCAGCAAGUUUUUGCAACACAGGUAGCGUGUGUCUCUUAUAUUGAAUUGUCCUAUAGAAACAACCGUACAGGUAAACUGCAAAGCGUUAUCUGUUGUGGAGAACAGGUGCGGAAAUGGGCCACCUGUCGAUUUCUCAACAUUUGUACCUGACAUUUGGUCCUGCCCCAGCCCAUAGGGGGAACAACGCACGUGAUAACAACGGGCGGCCCAAAACAUCCCAGUCCUCCGCAAGGAAAUAAAAGAAAGUAAUUUACAUGGACGAGAUCGAGGUCGAGGCCCGCAGCUCAAUUUAAAAGAUAAGUGAAGCUUUGCCUAUACUUUGAUAUUCUAAGGCAAUUAGUGCCUACUUUUUAUUUGAGCCCUUUUUAAAAAGUCGCUUUUCGCUGUCGGGUAUAAUCUCUCCCAGUCUUGUUAGACAAUCUGGUAAAGUAGUCGUAUUUUUGAAGCGCAUUUUAGUGACUCCGUGUCAGACUAUCUCUAUCCAAAUUUCAAAGACGCAACCAUUGUGCAUCUCUACAAGCGCAAAGGGAAUCGCCAAGUCUGCAACAAUCACCGCGGCAUCUCCCUGCUGAACAUCGCCGGGAAGAUCUUCGCACGAAUCCUCCUCAACCGCCUCAAUAACCAUCUGGAACAGGGCCUUCUGCCGGAAAGACAAUGCGGCUUCCGUCAUCAUCGUGGGACCACGGAUAUGAUCUUCGCCGCCCGUCAACUUCAGGAGAAGUGUCAGGAGGUGCGGACCCACCUGUACUCUACCUUCGUGGACCUGACGAAAGCCUUCGACACGGUAAAUCGUGAAGGACUGUGGAAGAUCAUGCAGAAAUUCGGCUGUCCGGAGCGUAUCACUCAGAUGGUGCAUCAGCUGCACGGCGGUAUGAUGGCGCGAGUCAUGGACAACGGAGCUGUCUCAGAGGCAUUCGCAGUGACCAACGGAGUGAAGCAGGGCUGCGUACUGGCGCCUACCCUCUUCAGUCUUAUGUUCUCUGCCAUGCUGAUGGACGCCUACCGCGACGAACGCCCCGGGAUCCGCAUCGCCUACAGGACGGACGGUCACCUACGGAAUCAACGGCGGAUGGACUUCCAAUAG